CAGAAGCAGAAUAUAGAGAACCUCAACGAGUCGCAGAUCUGUGAUGCAUUCAUUGAAUCAUCUCGCGAAGUCAACCCGCCGUUCUACAACUAUAUGAAGUCCAAGGAAGCUCAGGUUGAAAGCGAGAAAAACCUCGUUAAGGAGGCUGCAAAAACCAUGAAGAUCUCAAAUGCGUUUCUUACCGCACUCAAUGAGAUUAAUCCUGGCCACGCCAGUAGCGGUUCUGUCGCUAUCUUAAGUUCGACUGAUUCUGAAGAGGAAGAAAAUAAUGAAGAUGACGAUGUCACCAUUGUUCAGAAAGCUCAGAAUACAGUAAAUAGAGCAAUCAAGACCUUCCGCAAAUUCAAUCCAACCCUCUCCGAGAAGAAGAUUACAAUCGGAUUCUGCAUUAAGCAGUUCAGGACAAUGGCACCACCGAAGGAAAAGGCUAUUAGAGGGCGAGCAGCCCACGCCACUCUUCAAGGAAGAAAGCACAAUAAUGAUUCAGAUCUGCAGAACGAAGGGGAUCAGCCGCAACAGAAAAGACAGCGAACAGGACAUUCAUCCUUGAACACGGGUUUCCGAAAUUGCGUCUGCGGCAUGUCCCACAAGUACACUGAGUGUUAUUAUCUUAAUCCU